AUGCUUUCAAUACCAGAAAUUGCACAUGACUUAACUUGGCAUGCACAAGGUCAGGUCAAUAAUGGGAAGCUUACUCAUCCUAGCGAUAUCCCUUCUUGGAAGCUUGUUGAUAACACAUGGAAAGAAUUCAGACAAGAAAAAAGAAAUCUUAGAUUAGCUUUGUCUACUGAUGAUAUCAAUCCACACAAGUCUUUAAGUUCCAAGCAUAGUUGUUGGCUAGUUAUCCUAAUAACAUAUAAUCUACCCCCUUAUUUCUGUAUGUCAAGAAAAAUCAUGAUGUUGACUUUGUUGAUAUCCGGGCCAAACCAACCUGGUAACAAUAUUGAUGUCUACUUGGCACCAUUGAUAGAAGAUCUAAAGCUCUUGUGGGAAACUGGUGUUGAGACUUUUGAUUCUCAUAAGAAAGAAUACUUCAAUUUAAGAGCAAUACUACUUUGGACUAUAAGUGAUUUUCCCGCAUAUGGUAAUCUUUCGGGGUGUGUUACCAAAGGUUAUUAUGCUUGUCCAAUAUGUUCAAAGAAUACUUGUUCACAAUGGUUGCCAAAGUCCAAAAAAGUAUGCUUCCUUGGGCAUAGAAGAUUCCUACCACUUGAACAUCCUUUUCGCAAAAGAAAAAAACAUUUCAACAAUCAACAUCAGCACGAUUUUAUGCCACAACCAUCAUCAGGUGAAGAUAUUUAUGACUAUCUGGCGGGAUUUGAGACUACAUGGGGUAAGAAGAUAAAGCCAAAGAAGGUAGGAUCAAAGAAGAUAAAGUUAAAGAAGAUAAAGUCAAGGAAGGGAGCGUCAAAGAAGGAAACGCCAAAGAAGGAAAAGACAAAGAAGAAAAAAGAAAUUAGAUCUCAUGCACAUAGAAAAAAAUGUGACCGGGAGUGUUUAUGGGACAGCGUUGAAUUUGCCUCACAAGACGAAGGAUGGAUUAAAAGCACGACAAGACUUGAAGCAUUGGGCAUCAAGACUGAAUUACGACCUGAACCAAAAGGGGAUCGACAUUGGCUUCCGCCUGCCAAGUACACAUUGAAUUCCGCAGAGAAACAUCUAUUUUAUGAAACCCUAUCUAACAUAAAAGUUCCUUAUGGGUAUUGCUCUAAUUUCAAGAAUCUCUUGUCGGAUGAUGUUUCAAAGAUGAAUGGUUUGAAGUCUAAUGAUUGUCAUGUACUAAUGCAACAACUUCUCCCUUUUGCAAUCAAAGGGGUGUUAGAUGUGAAGGUGCGGAGAAUAAUCCUAAGCCUGUGUCAUUUUUUCAAUGAGUUGUGUAUUAAAGUUGUUGAUGUUAGUAAGCUAGGCAAGUUGCAAAGUGACAUCGUAUUAACAUUAUGUUUGUUAGAGAAGUACUUUCCUCCUUCAUUUUUCGAUGUCAUGACUCACUUGAUGGUGCAUUUAGUUAGAGAGGUGAGGUUGUGUGGCCCGGUUCAUUUUAGGUGGAUGUAUCCAUUUGAGAGAUACAUGAAAACACUUAAAGGGUAUGUAAGAAAUCAUCAUCGACCCGAGGGUUGCAUUGCAGAGUGUUAUGUGGCAGAGGAGGCCUUAGAAUUUUGUUCAGACUACUUAAAAAACAAGAAAUCACUUGGCAAUCCUCAUGAACGUGUUGAUGAAAGAAUCUGCAGUGGUAAGCCUUUAUCAAAGGCUUCAAUUGCUGUUGUAGAUGCUCAGUUACUUGAUCAAGCUCAUCUUUAUGUAUUACGAAAUACUGCUGUCGUGGAGCCGUAUAUAGAGCAACAUAUGUUGGAAUUGAAGGAUAUGAACCCUCGUCAUGCUCACAAGAGUACAUGGUUGCAGAGCCAACAUAGUCGGACAUCUAUUAGUUGGUUUAAGAAAGAGGUUGGAAAACGUUUGGCUAACGGGGAAGAUAUUUGUGAUGAUGUUCGUUGGUUGGCCAAAGGGCCUAAUUUUGUUGUUACUAAAUAUAGCGGUUUUGCCAUAAAUGAGUAUCAUUUUCAUACAACAUCUCGAGAUGAGUCUAGAACAACUCAAUGCAGUGGAGUAUCUUUAGUUGCACAUACUAUGCAGAUUGCUAGUGCAAAAGACUCCAAUCCUAUGUAUGGUGUUGUUACUUACUUCGACCGUAUAAGGGAGAUAUGGGAUCUUAAUUAUCGCAUGCUUGGUCAGAAGUCUAAACCCUUCGUAUUAGCUAGUCAAGUCAAACAGGUUUUUUAUGUUCAAGAUCAACAAGAUGAGAAUUUGCAUGUUGUUGGACUCACACCUCAUAGGAUGUACAAGUAUGGAUCAAAUGGUGAAACUGAUGAUAUGUUGGAAUUUGAAGUUACUUUUGAUUUAACACAAGACUCCGCUUUAUUAGACCUUGAUGAUGAUUUUUUGUAUUCAGCUUCUGAUCAUGAUGAGGACUCCAAACAAAGAGGUCCGACAACAAAGAAAAAAGUUAAUAAAGUGAAGCUUGUAAUAACUUGCAAUAAAAAAGGUGUCCCGGUUGGAAAGGAAGCCACAAAACUGUCGACUUGUGAGGGUUUGGUUGCAAGAACAAUGGUUCCCAUAACCUAUGACUCGUGGAUGGAAGUUAGUGAGGAAGUAAGGGAAGGGUUAUGGCAAUAUGUUUUGGAGAAAAGUAUGAAAGCUAAAAAUACCCGUGCACAUCAUAAAUACAAUCAUCGUUUGAGCAGAAAAGGAUAUGCUGGACUCAUUAAUGACAUUAUGCAAGAAACCGGCAAGAUGGAAGAGGAGAUUGAUAGGACAGUGUUGUGGAUAAAAGCAAGAGAGUUAAAGACAUGA